AUGUCCCAGGGAGGCCUUCGGGCGUGUCGAGUGACUGUAAAGGUGGUGGCUAUAAAGGACGUGGGAUCGCUGAGUAACCCCGUGGUUCAAGUCGACGUGGAAGACAGUUACUUUCGAACUUCAGAAGUGCAGGAGAAGACAGAUGAUGGUUUGAUCACAUUCGACCAAGGCCACUCGUUCGACGUCAAGGAUGAAAAGUCCGCGGAGGUGCGCGUGGCGGUGGCGGGCAAGACGGCCAUGGGCAUGCGCAAGGUGCUGGGGUCCAUCAAGGCCCUGCGCGUGUGCGACCUGCUCGAAACCGACCCGGACCGCACACUGGAGCCUGAGUGGUACGAGAUUGUGGCCAAGGAGGGAAAGAAGUCAGCUGUAGGAAAGGUGCUGCUGCACGUGGUGGCAGCAAGAGCGCCGCCACAGCAGCCCAUCAAGCUGUUCAUUGGGUCGUGGAACGUGGGCAAUGCACCCCCGCCUGACGACCUCUCCCCCUGGCUCCCCAAGGGCACGGACCACGAGCUCAUCGCCAUCGGCUCUCAGGAGUGCGAGUAUCAGCCUCGUUCUGGCUAUGCCACCUGCAUGGAAGACUGGGUUGCUGCUAUAAA